CCCAGGAUUUGGACUCGGUCGUCGCUCUUUGCGGAGCUGACGCGCUGUCAGCGCGCACCGUGAGGGGAGGGGACCGGGAAGGGACGGUCCUGUCACCCAACGUGGACGCAGGCUGCCGGAGAGAGAAGGGGGGGAACUGAGUGGGAACCGGUCCUUAAACCCGACUCUGUUAAACUACAAAUGCCCGGCUCUCAAUGAUUUCCUAAUCUCUCCCGCCGUCCACGACCGAGGACGUUUCUGUACCCGAAGCUGACUGCGAUCAAGAUGGAGAGCGAAAAGAAGAGGAGAAAAUACUCCACGAGCAGCAAUGACUCUGACACCACUGACAGUCAAGUGACGUCGUGGUCCAGGUCCUCAAAAAAUAUGGGCACCAGCAGCACAUGGGUCCGACACCAGCACCAGAAACCAUCAGAAGUGUUUCGCACCGACUUCAUCACAGCCAUGAAGCUGCCCGACUCGGCGCAGCUCGGCCUGGACGACUUCUACGUGCUGUCGGACCCCUGGAGACAGGAGUGGGAGAAGGGAGUGCAGGUCCCGGCCAACCUGGAGGCCAUCCCGGAGCCCGUGGUCAGGCUGCUGCCAGAGUCAACAGUGGGUCUGUCCAGCGCGGGGCAGAACGGCGACGCUCAGCCUCCCCCGACCCAGCUCUACAACUGUUACGACCUGGACGACCUGGACGUCGCGUGGCUGCAGCUGGUCAACCAAGAGUUCAGACAAAUGGCCUUACCGGAGCUGGACGAGCUGACGAUGGAGUGUGUCCUGGUGGAGCUGGAGAGCGUGUGCGAGGAGAAGAUGCGGCAGGCCAUCGAGACGGAGGAGGGCCUGGGCAUCGAGUACGACGAGGACGUGGUGUGCGACGUGUGCCGCUCGCCGGAGGGCGAGGACGGCAACGAGAUGGUCUUCUGCGACAAGUGCAACGUCUGCGUUCACCAGGCCUGCUACGGCAUCCUGAAGGUCCCCCAGGGGAACUGGCUGUGUCGGACCUGCGCUCUGGGGGUCCAGCCAAAAUGUCUGCUCUGUCCCAAAAGAGGAGGGGCUCUCAAGCCCACCCGCAGUGGAACCAAGUGGGUCCACGUCAGCUGUGCCUUAUGGAUCCCCGAGGUGAGUAUAGGCUGUCCAGAGAAGAUGGAGCCCAUUACCAAGGUGUCCCACAUCCCCGCCAGCCGCUGGGCUCUGUCCUGCAGUCUGUGUCGAGAACACACUGGAACCUGCAUCCAGUGCUCCAUGCCCUCCUGUAUUGUGGCCUUCCAUGUGACAUGCGCCUUCGACCACGGCCUGGAUAUGAAGACCAUCCUGGCCGAAAACGACGAGGUCCGCUUCAAGUCCUUCUGCCUGGAGCACAGCAGCGGCGGCGGUACGGCGGCCAGCAGCGUCUCCAGCUCCACCAGCGUGAGCAGCAGCAACCACGCCGUCACCUCCACCACCAACGGAGCGCACGGCGCCGCGAGACCCGGCUGGGCCGCCGGCUGCGAGCUCCGACCGGAGCAGCAGCAGCAGCCGAACAGCAGCACCGACGCGGAGCCGCGCUCGCUGUCCCACCUGGUCCCCGUGUCGGCGUCGGAGCGGGCCGAGCGGGACCAGCUGGAGAGAGAGAAAGUGAGCCAGAGGAAGCAGAAGCUCCAGGAGCUGGAGGACGAGUUUUACCAGCUGGUGGACCCCAGGGAGGUUGCCGAGAACUUGGGUCUGCCCGUCUCCCAGGUGGACUUCUUGUAUCAGUUCUGGAAACUCAAGAGAAAGGCCAACUUUAAUCGACCUCUGGUGACCUUAAAGCGAGACGAAGUGGACAAUCUGGCCCAGCAGGAGCAGGACGUCCUCUACAGACGACUCAAGCUCUUCACACACCUCCGACAAGACCUGGAACGGGUGCGUAACCUGUGCUACAUGGUGACGAGGAGAGAGAAGAUGAAACACACCCUGUGCGACCUCCAGGAGAAGAUCUUCCAUCUGCAGAUACAGCUGCUGGAGGAGGACAUGGCUGGAGAGAAAACCCAGAAGGGAGCAAAGAGGAAGCAGGAUGGAGUGAAGGAUAAAGGGAAGGAGAGAAGAAAGAGUAGUCCUGAGAAGAAAAAGGAGAGAUGGAAGUCAGAGAACGGCUCCCUGCUUAAAGAGCUAGGUUUGUCAAAGUCCUUCCCGUUGGACAACUCCCUGUUCGACAGCUGGCUGGCGCAGUCGGUGCAGAUCACGGCGGACGACAUGCUGAGUCAGUGGACCCUGGGCGCGCAGCAUCGCGACAAGAGCGGAAGUCUCCUCUCUGACCAGCUCCUGCAGGGCGAAGAGAGUCUGCUCAACCUCAUGAUGGAGAACUCAAUGCAGUCCACCUGGAAGACGCCACAGCUGGGCCGCAAACCGCGGGGAGGCAGCAAACCCCGGGCGCGCCGGCCGCCCACCCCGCCCGCGCAGCCUCAGACGCACCUGUCGGCCGCCGCCGCGUCCGCCGCCGGCAGCCCGUCGAUGACGAAGAGCCUGUGGGCCAGCGUGGCGGAGGAGAAGUCCAGCUGCGCCGGCCGCAGGGGCGAGCGGUCCAGGAGUUCCUCGAAGAACGGCCACCACCACCACCUCCACCACCACCAGACCAGGAGCUCCGACUUCCACCGGGAGCCGCCGCCGCAGCCGCCCAUCUCCAAAAUGGACUCCUGUCACAUCUCGGAGGACCACGGCUCGUGGGACGGCCUCCACACGGGGAACGGCGUGGCGUCCGGUUUCACGGCCAGCACGUCUCCACUCCCGGCCUCCAGCCCCGGGCUCACGGUCCCCGGGACCCCGCGCCUCCGUCCGUCCCGCCAGAGCAAGUCCAGAGGGCGGGGCUCGGGCGGGGGCGGCGCCGGGCUGGAGCCGGCCGACCUGCCGCUGGUGAGGAAGGACUCUUCCAUGUUGGACAGUGCCGAGACUGACGGAUACUUCUCUGACGGCGAGCAAAGCGAUUCAGACACGCGGCCCGGGGACGCAAGCUCCGCCUGCCACAGUUGCAUUCUGGGAAUGAGGACCUGCUGAGGAGGAGUGUGCUGGCAUCCUAAUAAAACUGAGACUCAAACGGACAAAUACACACACACAGUUUUCCAAGCAUCGUCCUGCUGGCUAAUUGUUUUUCCAUCUGUGCCCGGUCUGUAAAACAUGGCUGGAUGGCUCUCUUCAACCAAAUCCCCGUCAUAUCUGUCAGAGGAAACUCUUCAGCUUCUAACCUGCUCUGUUUUUUCGGGGGGGAAUUUGAAUGUAGCCGUUUGCCUAAUUGUACCGUUAAAGCUUCUCCACUGGACCGCAGUUUGUUGUUGGCUUUCCAUAAGAUGCGAAACGUUCAACAAAUAGGAAACAAACGUUGCUUUUAUUGUUUGUUUUUGUGUGUGUUCAGUUCCGUUUCGUUUCUGGGGGUUGAAGUACCCGGUUCUGGCCCCAUGUCUGUGGUAUCUGCCAGACUUGGGAACAAACACUUUGGGGCAUUAUUAUUAUUGUUCAAGCUGUUUUCAGGGUAUGCUUCACUCCUGGUCUGUUCAGGCCCGAGACGCAUCCAAUGAGUUCUUGUUUUCUUGAUUGUGUUCAGUGCAAAGACAAUUUCACUCCAGAGCUGGUCUGAAUAUGUACAGACGGUGACAUAGGACAAAACGUAUUCAGCAUUGAGAAGCACAACUGAUUUAGUCAUAAGAGCUGUAAUGUAAGCACUUGUGUGUGUAUAAUAGAUGUUCAUUCAGGGUUGGGGUCAGUUAUCUUCCUGUUGACUCCAUUGCAAACUGUACACUGAAGCCUUUCGUGGUCAGAUUUACUUUCGAUUCUUUGAAGACCUUCCAGCUUUUCCCAGUAUUUGAAUAGCAAACAGAUUGACCCCAACCCUGGUGCCCGAUCCGAUUUUCACACAGAGACACAAACACAAACAUACUGACACAUAAACUACGAGAAAGAAAUCCCCUUUUCUUACAUCACAGCCGUUGUUGAAAAUUCUGAUCUGACUUUCAUCAGCUGCUUUCAAAUUCUUCCUAAUUCAAUCUGUUUGGGUUUUUUUCGUUGUUUGUUUCUUUGCCCAAAUCCUUAGCGAAGAAUCAUUGUAGAAACUCUGUGCCUUCUGUCGCUUGCCCUGUGGCCCUGCCUGAACCUUAACCCCCACAGACCCUGUCGAUCAACCAAACAAUCAGUGAGUGGAUCAAUCAGUCGUUUGUCAAUCGGAUUUGUAACAAUCAAACCAAAAGGAAAUCGUGCUGGGCUGGCUACCCGGUGUCGCCGGCGUCGGGCUCCUUGUCACCUUAACAAUUGUCUUAGUGCCUGAAACAAGGAUGUAAAUGCAGCAUUUGCCAUUUAUCAGAAAAGCAUCUGCAGCCAUGAGCAAAGCAGAGCCACUCCGUACUAUCAGUGCAAAGCGCUGCUUACUCUUCUGUGCCCCACCCCCCCAUCCCCCCACCCCACCCCCUUCCCCCACCUACCGCCCCAGCGUCACCACUGCACCCCAGAGCCGCCCACAGACAGAGUUUGGCCAGGUUACACUCUGAGAGAGAAUAAAGCCAUUAUUCCAAUGUUACGUGGGGGAAAGCUUCUUUAGUUCCUUCCAUCAUUGUUACAUGACUUCAGAUCAUUCUUUUUUUUAUUUAGACUCGUGAGAAUCAACUCAAAAGGGCCAGAAACCCGGGACUUUUUAAGAAUUUUAAGAAUGACUCUUCAAAAUAAACCAUAUUUACACUCGCCCCCACAAUUGGAGAAAGUGGAGAACAUCAUAUUACUUUUAGAUCAACAGUUUUCUUCAACUUUGGCAAAACCCUGGGACUGGCGGCGUACUCAGGCUGACCAGGAUGUGUUUAUGUCCUGACGGUACAAAUUUACAAUUUUGAUCUUCAGGCUUUUUCUAGUCUUUGUGCACUUGUUUAAUUUACAAAUUAUUAGUUGUAUCUUCCAUUAAUUGAAAAGCUGCUAAACCGAAGCCCACAAGUUAAAAUCUACCUUAAGUGUCUACACAGUGUUUAAUAUUUAGUGAAAACAGCAUGUGUACUUUUUACUGCUUAUUCACAGAUUUUUGCAUCGAAACUUUCUGAAAGAUUAACUUACUUAAUGUACUUUUUAAAGUAAUUUGCCAGAGAGGGUACGUUAGUGUACUGGUGAGGACUAAUAUGAAGAUUUCUAACACUGCAGUUUUGUAUUAAAAACAAAACAGUUUUAUAUCAUUGACCAAAUUUAUCCCCGCUUGCUUUUUCAAACGUCUCCCCUUUUUUCAGGUUAAUCUUAGAGGCUACCAGUGCACAGUAGAGGAAUUAGUCAUGCUUCAGAGGAUCUAUGUGUGUCUAUGCAGAUAAUAAUACCGGUGUGGUGAGAUCCAGCAGAGCACUGAGCAGGUUUCCGGCACCAGCACGGCUGAUGCUCAGGUCUGACCCGGCCAAACUCUCCUCCCGGACGGCUCUGCUGCACGCGUUGCUCCUCCUAGACAAUACAAGUUAAUCAGCUUCAGAGGCCUGUGCUCUUAAGUUCUUGAAUUGAGUUAUUUGUAAAUUUGUUUUUGUUUUUUUGUUUUUUUUGUUUUUUAAGACUUUUUGUUUUUCUCUCAAAGAGUUGUAUUUUGUACCUAAAGCAGUCCAUGGUAUUCUCAGGGGUUAAAAUCUUU